UGUCGACGUCAUCAUUAUUGAAGAUCCUCGACAAUGGUGUGCCCUCCAAGAUGUCAUCCACCAGGUUAAACCAACCAUGGAUCAAAAGGAAAGUAAAGCGUUUGACAAGACGUAAAAAGCGUAGCUUCACCAAGGCCAAGAAAACACAGAAAGCCAGAGAUUUUCAGCGUUAUCACCAACUGAAGAAGACGACAAGAUCAGCCUGUAAACAUGCCUAUAACAGAGUUUUUAUCACCAUGCUGCUGGUCAGGUCCAAUUGCAUAUUAAGAAUUCUCCAGCGAGGUUUUGUUCUUCGUCUCAGCAAAUGCAAGAGUUCCUCCAGCGCAGUCAGACCUGUCUUCCUGAAUGUCAUCAAGCAAGGCUAUGCGGACCAGACAGCUGUCGUAGACUGUCUUGGUAGACACACAUAUGAGGAACUGAUUGGGUUCAGCACCGCCCUCGCUCAGUGGAUUCUGGCCAUCACACCGCCAGACGCGACCGCGGAGAAGAAGGGCUCGGGAGUGGUGUUGAACGGGGAGCGCAUCGCCGUACUCUGCCCCAACAACAUCUCAUUUAUCAUCUCCCAGUUCGCGGCAUGGAUGAGUGGAUGCACGGUGGUCCCCCUCUGCAAAGUCCAUCCGCAAUCCGAGUUGGACUACAUCGUCAGUGAUUCCCAAAGCUCAGUAGUCAUAGCAACCAGAGAAUUUGCUGACAGGGCCCACGGCCUCGCGGAGAAAAACAAUCUCAGAGUGUUGAUCUUAAAUGAAGAGGCCCUCGUCACAAGACGAAGCAGAACUUCAAAUGAACUACACGUACUUUCUCAACACAAUAACAAUGCACCGGUCGCAGUGCCGGACAUUGUGACGGCAUCCAACUGUAGUUGGAAUGAUUCUCAGUUGAUUGACAAGUCAACUCUGACUCAGAAAUGGAGUCAAAUACAUUGGAAGAAUCGCAAGGCGAUGAUUUUAUACACCAGUGGAACGACGGGGCCACCGAAGGGUGUGGUGAAGACAUUUGCCGCCUUGCAAGCCCAGAUCUCUAUGAUACUAAAGGCCUGGUGCUGGACAGCACAAGAUGUCAUUCUCCAUGUGCUGCCUCUGCAUCACGGCCACGGAGUGGUCAAUGCCUUGGCGUGCCCGCUGUGGUGUGGGGCGACGUGUGUCAUGAUGCCACAGUUUGAUGUGGACAGGGUAUGGGACAGGCUCCUUGAUGACUCUGAGCCCAGAAUCAACCUGUUCAUGGGCGUCCCCACCAUGUAUGUCAAGCUGAUUGACGGCUUCGAGUCGAGGUUCAAAGGUCAAAAGGUCAGGGCCUUCAUCAAGGCCAAGAUGAGAAACCGAAUUAGAUUGAUGAUUUCAGGGUCAUCAGCUCUGCCUCAGCCAGUACUCAAGCACUGGGAGGCCAUCACGGGUCACCGAUUACUGGAACGAUACGGGAUGACAGAAUUAGGCAUGGUGAUGUCCAACCCAGUACAUGGUCUCAGGAUCCCAGGUGCAGUUGGGAAUCCAUUUCCAACUGUUGAUGUGCGCAUCGUCACUGGCAACGGUGAUAUCUGUGUCAGCGGUAAUUCCAAAGGCUCAAAGGUCACAGUGGGGUCAGAGGUCACAGAAGGUGAGCUUCAGGUCAGAGGACCGGCCGGCUUCAAGGAAUACUGGAACCGACCGGAUGACACUGCCGAAGCCUUGACUGAUGAUGGCUGGUUCAAAACAGGGGACACUGCAUCCUACCAAGAUGGUGUUUACUGGAUCCUAGGCAGGACGUCUGUAGACAUCAUCAAAAGCGGAGGCUACAAGAUCAGUGCGCUGGACGUAGAGCGCCACUUACUGGCCCACGACCGAAUCUCUGAGUGUGCGGUGGUGGGUGUGCCAGACGUGACGUGGGGCCAGUGCGUGGCGGCAGUGGUGGUACUUCAAGGCAAUGCAAAAUCGACAACAACGUCAUCGUCAUCGUCAUCGUCAUCACUGACGCUGCCGGAGCUGCGAGCCUGGGCCAGGGACCGCAUGGCGCCCUACACGAUCCCGACCGAGAUGAGAGUUCUUGAGGCCAUGCCGCGCAAUGCCAUGGGCAAAGUGAACAAGAAACAGCUGCUCAGAGAGGUUUUUGAACUGCAAUGAAAGGGGUGUCAGAAGUGGCUUUGCAACAAAUGACAUUUAACUAGUUUGCGCCGGAGGCCGUGUGUACACGCAAAAGAUUUGCGGCAGAUGGAAUGGAUGACAGAUGAACAUGAUGUCAGUGACCCGCUCGCAGUGAGCAAGGCAGGGAAUAUGAGUGUGCUGCCAGAGGGUGAUGGCUUCAACCCGCCUGGC